AAUAAGGGUUCGGGCGGUACGACCAGCACAACACCCACACCCACCUCCUCGUCCACCAACAGCGCGCCCGACGAUCACGAACAGAGCAUUAUUUGUGUCAAUUAUGUCUUAAGUGCUGUCGAGUUCAACGAUGUAGUGAUGGACACGAGUCAACUAAACGGAGGUCUGGUGGCCAUCACUCCGCCCACACCUCCCGUUAUCUCAUCGCUCAACAAACGAAACAAUCACUCAAUUAAGAGGUCUCUAUCGUCGACGCCGUCGCCUGAGUCGUCGUCGAUGGCCACAACUCACCCGAACUCCCAGUUAAGUCAUUCCCAACAGACGAGUGUUGACCACAACUCGCAUCCGCAACACGUCUCGCACAUUAGUCCCGCGCCUCCGCCGCCGCCACCGGCGCCGCAACCGGUGGUCGCAGUAACGCAAACCAAUGGCUCGACCGGCAGUUCU